CUUCUUAUCAGGAGCCAUUUUUAGUCUGGUUGAUGUGAAUUGAAGUCUGGUGGUUGCACGAUCAUUGCGGGAAACUUUUUUUUUUCGCUGACCUGCAUCCAAGGCGGUGAGUCUCUCCACAGGCCGCCGAACAACCAACCAAGCCAGACCCUAUUCCACCUCCGCCUUGAGAGGACUAUGGGCGGCCAUGGGGAAGUCUAAACAUGAUCAGUCCCUGACUCAUGAGGAGAUCUGGGAUGACUCUGCCCUAGUGCAGUCCUGGGAUGAUGCUGUUGAGGAGUACAAGCUCUAUCACAGCAUACAUGCCAAGGGGGAGAAUAUUGAGGAUGUUCUGAGAGAAGCUGAAGCAGCGGGUCUUGAAGAAGAAGUGAACGAUCUUGAUGGAGAAGAUGUGCAUGCUCAGGGCGAUGCAAUGGAGGCUGAGACGGGCGAGGCUGUCGACCAAACGGCUGCGAAUUUCACUCAGGUCAAUGAAUCUUUUACUAAACCAAAGCCUCCAGACGCUGAAGGAAGUGGUGCUACAACUGCCCCAGGCCCAACCUUUCCCGUAGGAGCUAUGCCUAUGCCAGGCGCAGUGCUUCCCCACGUCCAAGAUGAAAAUCUGAGGAAUCUCAUGAUGUCUUGGUAUUUUGCAGGGUACUAUACUGGUCUCUACCAGGGGCAGCAGCAAGCGAACCAGCCAAAAAGUUGAUAUUUGUUAUAUAUGCGCGGACUACGUUAAGCUGCGAAAUUGUCGAGAGCUGCCCAUUAAGAACAGAAUAGUGGAUCGCAAUUUCCUAGAGCACUAUGCUAUUGUUAUGACCUGGCACCUAUCGCAAUCUAAAAUGACAUGACCAUGAAAGAAGAGAAUCCACUUCCCAUUGACCUUUGUGACAUUUCCAUUAAUGAGAACAUGUUUUCCAUCAACAUUGAUAAAAAGUACAUAUUGAAAAAAAAAC